ACGGCAUAUUUUCUCUCCCCCACGGCCACUGCCGGUCAACAGCUGCACCUGGCCCCUCGCCCAGUCGCCGUCGUGCUGUCGUGGUGGUGGUGGUGGGCGGGCCGGCGCCGCGCGCGUCGCCGUGACGCUGCUUCCCCGCGCCGCUGUCUCCUCCUCUACGCCGCGUGGGCGCGAAGGCCGGGUUCGGAGGAGGAAGGAUAGAGGGCACGGCACGAGUGGCAGCAGUGCAAGGGAAGGAGGUCCGGUGUAUAAUUCAGGCGGCGGCCGUGGUGGUGGGUUGAAUCGGGGAAUCGGCGACGCGCGCCGGAGGAGGAUGGGGCAGGCGGGCCAGGCGGAGACAGCGCAGCCGCUGCUGCUGCAGGGAGACGAAGCAGACGGCGAGUGGAGCUCCAGGCCGCACCGCAUUGCUCUCUUCGUCGAGCCGUCGCCCUUCGCUUACAUCUCUGGCUACAAGAAUCGCUUUCAGAACUUCAUCAAGCAUCUGCGAGAGAUGGGCGACGAGGUAUUGGUCGUGACCACGCAUAAGGGAGCCCCCGAGGAGUUCCAUGGAGCUAAAGUUAUUGGUUCUUGGAGUUUUCCGUGUCCAUUGUACCAAAAUGUUCCACUGUCACUGGCACUGAGCCCUAGGAUAUUUUCCGCGGUGGCUAAAUUUAAGCCAGACAUAAUACAUGCCACUUCACCCGGAAUUAUGGUUUUUGGUGCUCGUUUUAUUGCAAAGAUGUUUUCAGUGCCAAUGGUGAUGUCAUACCACACACAUCUUCCAGCGUAUAUACCGAGAUACAAUUUAAAUUGGUUACUUGGACCCACGUGGAGUCUUAUAAGAUGUCUUCACAGGUCUGCGGAUCUUACACUAGUCCCUUCAGUAGCCAUUGCCGAGGAUUUUGAAACUGCUAAAGUGGUAUCAGCCAGUAGGGUUCGACUUUGGAAUAAGGGGGUUGAUUCCGAAAGUUUUCACCCGAAAUUUCGGAGACAUGAAAUGCGCAUUAAAUUGAGUGCCGGUGAACCAGAAAAACCACUCAUAAUACAUGUCGGCCGUUUUGGGCGUGAGAAGAAUUUGGAUUUUUUGAAAAGGGUUAUGGAAAGGCUCCCGGGAGUAAGAAUUGCUUUUGUUGGUGACGGACCAUACAGGACUGAGCUGGAAAGAAUGUUCACUGGCAUGCCUGCAGUAUUCACUGGAAUGCUCCAAGGUGAGGAGCUCUCGCAAGCAUAUGCCAGUGGUGAUUUAUUUGCAAUGCCGUCAGAAUCUGAGACACUUGGGCAAGUAGUGCUGGAGUCCAUGGCUUCUGGAGUCCCAGUUGUUGCUGCUCGUGCUGGAGGUAUACCAGAUAUAAUACCCAAGGACAAGGAGGGUAAGACCAGUUUCUUGUUUACACCAGGGGAUCUUGACGAGUGUGUGAGAAAGAUCGAACAGCUCCUUUCAUCAAAGGAUCUCAUAGAAUCCAUUGGAAGAGCUGCCAGGGAGGAGAUGGAGAAGUGUGACUGGAGAGCAGCCUCGAAGAAAAUACGCAAUGAGCACUACAGUACUGCAACCAUUUACUGGAGGAAGAAGAUGGGCAGAACUAACUAGUUUCACUUAUUGAUUCAUGAAUUCGUUCACCUUCCUCUCCACCUAGUUACUGUUGAUAACCAAAAGAGUUUGUACAUUGUGUACCCGAUAGCCUGCGAGUUUGUGCGGCUAGCUGCAUUCAAAUGCCCAUAGUAAUGGGAUGACCAUUGACGAAAAGCUUGUAUGCAAGUCAUGUACAUUAGACAGCUCUUUGAGAUUGGCUAUUACCAUC